CCCAUUUGGUAAAUCUUUCCAUUUUUGGGUAACUUAGGGUCCCUCAAACCUCUUUAAUGAUUCAACCCCUCUUGCUUUCUCUCCCUCUUUUAUCAUAUUCAUCUCUUGAAAAUCUUAUCUCCAAUUUUACAAGAUAGAUCUGAAGAGUUUUAGAGAGAGAGAGAGAGAUGGCUCGUGGGAAGAUCCAGAUCAAGAAAAUAGAAAACCAAACAAACAGACAGGUAACCUACUCCAAGAGAAGAAAUGGUUUGUUCAAGAAAGCUCAUGAGCUCACUGUGCUUUGUGAUGCAAAGAUUUCCAUUCUGAUGAUCUCCAGCACUCAGAAGCUUCAUGAAUACAUCAGCCCCACCAUCACGACAAAGCAGAUUUUUGAUGAAUACCAGAAGACUCUUAGGGUUGAUCUUUGGAGCUCCCACUACGAGAAAAUGCAAGAGCACUUGAAGAAGCUGAAGGAGAUCAACAGGAAUCUGUGGAAGGAGAUUAGGCAAAGGAUGGGAGAGAGCUUGAACGAUCUUGGGUACGAGCAGACGGUUCAUCUCAUUGAAGAUAUUGACAAAUCUCUGAAGUUGAUUCGCGAUCGAAAGUAUAAAGACCUCGAAAACAGGAUCGACAGAGCCAAGAAAAAGAAAAAGAAUAGUGAAGAUAUACAUAAGGGCCUUGCUCUUCAAUUUGAUGCAGUUCAUCAUAAUGAUCCACACUACGGUCUAGUUGAAAAUGAAGGUGACUACAACUCUAUGUUGGGGUUUCGACAUGGUGGGCCAAGGAUCAUCGCGCUUCACUUGCCGCCUAACCACCACCACCACCACCACCACCCUAGCCUGCACGGUGGAACAGGAGCCUCGGACCUCACUACAUUUGCUUUACUGGAGUAAAUGUUUUCUCCUAUAUCUAUAACCGUAUGUGUUUGAAUUAUGAAUGUUGUAGGUAAUGAGAGAAAAAGAAAAAGAAAAAAAAGGAAAAGAUCUACGUUUGUUUGUUAUGCUAUCUUUUAUAUUGUGUAUGACUAUUGUAGAUUUCAGUCUACUAGGGCAAUGUAUGCGGAAGUAUUAUAUUGUGUCCAA